AUAGAUAUAUAUGAUAAGUUCUAAUUCUAGCCACAUUUUUUGAUAAGAGCACCUUAUACAUUCCAUACUGUUACUUCAUACUGGAGGAUUAAUUAUAAACAUACAAUGAGGCCUUUACAACUAUGAGUAGCAUGCGUCAUGCUGAUUCUACAUAAACAGAAAUGUCUAUUCAUGAAUGCUUUCUCACCAGGUUAUUAACCAACCUGGGAUAAUAGCUUGAUCCGAUGUUACGCUUUAAGUCUUGUGUGGGUUGUGUGCAGGAAAACCUGCAUCCAGAAGGGGAGCAGCUGAAAUCCAGGGUACGCAACCAAAACAGAAACAAACAGACAAACGGCAGGACUCACCGAGGACAAAUCAAGUCUCUUUUCACUCCUCAUCUGUGCAGCGUCCUCAGCCUCUCAUAUCAACCUACUGUGAAGGUAAAAAAAUGAGCCCUGGAAGCUUUAAAAGUGUUGGGACAGAACAUUUCAGCACGAGCAGCUCAGCAUCUCAGAGCUCCAGGUCCAAGACUCUCCUCCGCCAGCGCCUGUCCCAGCUCAUGACCUGCAUAGAGGACAUGAGCUCCGAUGAUGAAGCUGGCGAAGAAGUGUCCCGCACGUUGGACGAAGCUUUUCAUCUCUGUGGACGCUUCAUUCCCUCAGAUGCAUUCAGGCUGCACAUGGUGACCUGGAAUGUGGCCACGGCAGAACCUCCUGAAGAUGUCACCUCUUUGCUGCUGCCAGAUGUCCAGACACCCUCAGACCUCUACGUGAUUGGCCUGCAGGAAGUCAGCGCCACCCCCGUGAAGUUUAUCUCAGACCUGAUAGCGGAGGAUUCCUGGAGCCACCUUUUCAUGGACACACUGGCACCCCAAGGCUUUGUAAAGGUCACAUCAGUGAGGAUGCAGGGGUUGCUGUUGAUGAUUUUUGCAAAACAAAUGCAUCUCCCUUACAUCAGAAACAUCCAGACCACCUACACUCGUACUGGCAUCUUUGGCUACUGGGGUAAUAAGGGUGGAGUGUCUGUUCGAUUAUCCUUCUAUGGCCACAUGUUGUGUUUCCUCAACUGCCACCUGGCCGCUCAUAUGAACAAUGCCCUGCAGCGCGUCGAUGAGUUUGAGUACAUCCUGGAGACGCAAGACUUCGACAUCUUUGACACCCCUCAUGUUCUGGAUCACAAGGUGGUGUUCGCGUUCGGCGAUCUGAACUUUCGAAUCGCAGACCAUGGCUUGCACUUCCUUCGCUCGUCUAUCAACAGUGGACGCCUCAAUUUGCUGUGGAGCAAGGAUCAGCUCAUCAUGAUGAAGAAGAACGAACCAUUCCUGCAGGAAUUUGAGGAGGGGCCAUUAAAUUUCAAACCCACCUACAAGUUUGACCGUAAAUCCGACACCUAUGACACCAGAAAGAGUACUGUGGCGCUGCCCCUAACCAUGUACAGACCCAGGCCCCUGCAGCGCUGCAGCACCAAUCUCCUCUUCCUCCUCACAUCCCUCACCUGGGGGCUGCUCUGUUUCUGGUUUGGGGCCUGGUAUAGAGAGAUAGACCCACCAAGUGGUAAAAAGAGGAAGCCAGCCUGGACAGACCGGAUCCUUUGGCGGAUCAAACCCAAAGACCUGCCAUCCGAAGAUGAUGAGGAAGACGAGAAGGCUUCAACUUCUGCUGACAGUGGACUGGACGAGUAUCCAAUCCUGGUCACCCAGAACAAAUACACAAGUGAUAUGAGCUAUGGAGUCAGUGACCACAAGCCGGUCAUUGCAAAUUUCACUCUGGAGCUGCGGAAAUUCUUCGACACACCACUGGUGCAUGUCUCCUCUGUGGGAGUAUGGAGCGCAGAUGAGAAUGCACUUCUGACCUAUUCAGUCCAAGAAGACUUCUUGUCGUCCACGUGGGACUGGAUCGGCCUGUACAAGGCUGGAUUUAAAAGUGCGUCGGACUAUGAGACCUUUGUGUGGGUCAGAGAGAAUGAGCUGCCAGAAGUCAACGAGGUCAUACAGAGGUCUGUGGACAAGGAUGAGAUCCCUCUGUUGGGUGGUGAAUAUGUUUUGGGUUACUACAGCACAAACAUGCAGAGCAUCAUUGGGCUGAGUCCUAACUUCCAAAUCCAGGAGUCAAAACGUGCUGUCAUGGAAGGUCUCGUUCCAGAGGACAUCAACGGGACCAAUAAAUGCAAAUAAAUCCAGCUGCAAUGAUGUGAUUAAGAUUUUAAAAUGCUCCUGUGCAGGAUAAAAUUACGCCACACUUCCAUCAUAUGGACUGGAAAAUUCCAUUUACUAUUGCUUGUCAGAUUCACUGUUGCAGGAAUGGAAACUCUGGAAAAAUAAAAGAAAAUCAGUUUAAUAUGUGGCCAACCAGUUUAUCUGCAGGCCUUUUAGAACAAAUAAGAAUAAACUUGCCAAAAAUGCAUGGCUGCAUUCAAUAAA